AUGGAGUUGCAUUCUGACGCAUCAAGCAUUCGGCUUGUGAACUGCCGUCAAGACGGAUGCUGCCGUGUGGAAGUUAAGCACGAAGGAUCGUGGGGCACGGUGUGCGACGACAGUUUCACAGACACUAACGCACAAGUAGUUUGCCGGCAAUUGGGAUGCCCGACGGAAGGAGCAAUGCAGGUACAGAGCUUCGGAGGAGGAAGCGGACCAAUCUGGAUGGACGACGUGUCAUGCAGCGGAAGCGAGGCAGCGCUGCCGCUUUGCACCUUUAGAGGCUGGGGCAGCCACAACUGCGGCCACAGCGAAGACGUCGGCGUGUGCUGC